AUGCUAAAAUACUGUACAUUUUUCUCUAUUCCAGUGCCUGAUGAUCUCUCCAUAGAAGAGAGAGAAGAGCUUUUAAAUAUUCGUCGCAGGAAAAAAGAACUGAUUGAUGAUAUUGAGAGAUUAAAAUUUGAAAUUGCUGAGGUUAUGACAGAAAUUGAUAAUCUGACUAGUGUAGAAGAAAGCAAAACCACACAAAGAAAUAAGCAAAUAGCCAUGGGAAGGAAGAAAUUCAACAUGGACCCAAAGAAGGGAAUACAGUUUCUGAUAGAAAAUGACCUCCUGCAAAACACUGCAGAAGACAUUGCACAGUUCCUUUAUAAAGGAGAAGGAUUAAAUAAAACGGUAAUUGGAGAUUACCUCGGUGAAAGAGAUGAAUUUAAUAUUAAAGUUCUUCAGGCUUUUGUUGAACUCCAUGAGUUUGCUGAUCUCAAUCUUGUACAGGCCUUAAGGCAGUUUCUGUGGAGCUUCAGACUCCCAGGAGAGGCUCAAAAAAUUGAUCGUAUGAUGGAAGCUUUUGCUUCGCGCUAUUGCCUUUGUAACCCAGGAGUCUUCCAGUCUACAGAUACAUGCUAUGUGCUGUCAUUUGCCAUCAUUAUGUUAAAUACCAGUCUGCACAACCACAAUGUAAGAGAUAAACCAACAGUAGAGAGGUUUAUUUCUAUGAAUCGUGGGAUUAAUGAAGGUGGAGACCUUCCCGAAGAAUUGCUGCGGAAUUUAUAUGAAAGUAUUAAGAAUGAGCCGUUUAAAAUUCCAGAGGAUGAUGGAAAUGAUCUAACGCAUACAUUUUUUAAUCCAGAUAGAGAAGGUUGGCUGCUGAAAUUAGGUUAG